AAGCCAAGCCAGAAUUGUUUUUUAUAAAUGUGAAUUCAGGAUAGCCUUAUCCCAAUUCGGAAUCAACAUUGCAUUUAUUAAUAAACAAAAAAUAAAUAGAUUAGUAAAAACAGCAGCAACAACCAACCGGUUUGACCAGUUAAAAAAGAACUAGGGCACAGCUUUUGGGCUGGGACUAUAAAUAGCUGCGGAGCACGCAGCUAAAUGGUCGGGAGGUAAGUAACGAAGAAACGAAGCCGGAGAAGAGGGCUUUCCCUUUGAGCAGCAUAUCGUCCCGUCCUUCCGUAUACAACUACGUACGCGUACACCUCCUCGAGAGCUAUGGAUCGGUACCAGAAGGUGGAGAAGCCGAAGGUAGAGACGCCAAUCGAUGAGAAUGAAAUUCGGAUUACAAGCCAGGGCAGGAUGCGAAGCUACAUCACUUACGCCAUGACUCUGCUUCAGGAAAAGGGCUCAGAUGAAGUAGUAUUCAAGGCAAUGGGCAGAGCCAUCAAUAAAACUGUUACAAUUGUGGAGUUAAUCAAGAGGAGAAUUGUUGGUCUUCACCAAAUUACAGCAAUUCAAUCCACUGAUAUAACUGACACAUGGGAACCUCUGGAGGAAGGCCUCCAAAUUCUGGAAACGACAAGGAAAGUGUCAAUGGUUACUAUUACUCUCUCCAAAAAGGACUUGGACAUGAAUAAUGUUGGGUACCAACCCCCCAUACCAGCUGACCAGGUGAAGGUGUCAACAGAGCUCGAAUAUGAUGGAGAGGGAUCACCCAUUGGCCGAGGAAGAGGAAGAGGUGGUAGGGGGAGGGGGAGGCCUAGAGGCGGCCCAGCUGGGAAUGGAUAUGCACCUGCUGAGUUUGACGAUGGGGGCUAUGAUCGAAACCGUGGUUACCCCAGGGGUAGGGGACGAGGUCGAGGUCGCAAUUUCCGUGGCCGUGGCAGGGGAGGAUAUUAUCAGUCAGAUGCUCAGAAUGAUGCUGGUGGCCGCGGCAGGGGAGGAUAUUAUCAGUCAGAUGCGCAGAAUGAUGCUGGUGGCCGCGGCAGGGGCGGAUAUUAUCAGUCAGAUGCUCAGAAUGAUGCAGGUGGCUACAAUCAAGAUGCACCUCGCUACAAUCAAGAUGCACCUCGAGGCCGUGGCCGCGGUAGGGGUUUCCGUGGCAGGGGUCGUGGAUUUAGACCUAAUGGGCCUGUUGUUGCCGCCACUAGUUGAGCUGGUGGCUAUCGUGUGAGGACAAUAUGAUGUUCAUCUCUCCCUUUCUAUGUAUUUCCCAAAUAUUGCUAGAAUUAACUGUAGGAAGUCAUCUCUGUAAUCAUUAUUGUAGUAGAAAGACUAACUUGUGCCGCGUUUGCGUGGUGAGCCUUUUUGUUUUCUCAUUCAUCUUUUCUUCCCAUAGUUUUUUUAGUUGCUUUGAUCAAGUUCAACUUGAUUGGUGAGAAAGCACAUUCUUUAAUUUGUAUGCUUGGAUUGGAUAAGUUUGUUGGCUGAUUAUUAUAAAUUGACUUCCUCUC